AUGACAGAUUGGUCUCUACUCCCUGAAGAUCUACUUCACGUCAUCUCAAUGCAUCUGGACAACAGUUUCCAACUUGUUCAUGCUCGGUCUGUUUGCAGGUCGUGGCGAUCCACGUUUCCAUUGCCUUCUUGCCUGUUACGGCAAAGUUACGUUCUUCCCACGUUUGGCUUUGACGAUUUACCUGACGAAAGCAACGUCUUGUGCACUCUCACGAAGGUCCCGUUGUUCUUUUUUAGAGUCCGAGCUCCUCCUGUUGAUUCUUCUUCAGCUUAUGUGUAUUUCUUGGGAGGGGUAGGCCAAGAUGAUUCAGAGUAUCAUACGGCGCUUCCAUCCCAUAGUCUGUGCUCAGUGAAAAUGAAUAUGGAAGAAUCUGAUCCAACCUUUACGAACAUGCUCGACUGCCAGAUCCUCUCUCUGGGCCUCCAGUACAGAAUUACUGGCCCGACACCUAAACUAUGGGCAAGGUCAAGUCACAAAAGCGUGGCUUUUCUUCCGCUAAACAUGGAGAGUGGACGAGAUGAGUUCGUUGUGCUUAUCGGCUAUUCUCAUGAGUUGUUUGUGUUAAAAAGUGCUGAAAUGAGGUGGGUAAGGCUUAAUGGAAUCUCACAUGGUCCGUGCGGGAACUUGGUCACUUUCAGAGGUAGAUUUUAUGCAGCCUUUCGUAACGGGGACGUUUUUGUUAUUGAUCCUUAUUCACUGGAAGAGACUCCUAUGAUGCCAUCCCCGGCUCUGAAGUCACUGAAGUAUGUGGUUCCAUGUGGUGAUGAUGAACUUUUCCUGGUCGAGCUAGUCAUCCCACAUAAAUUAACAGAAGUUAGUCAGGUCACAUUAAGAGUGACAAGGCUUAAUGAAAAGGCUGGUCAAUGGGUUGUUGUCAGGGAUUUAGGAGACCGUUUGUUGUUUAUUGGACACUUGGGAUAUUUCUCAUGCUCGGCUAAAGAGCUUCCUGAUGGUUGUGGUGUAAGUGGGAACUCAAUCUUGCUCACCCACCCGGAAAAAAAUGUAAGUUACACCUAUAUAUAUGGAGUGCAUACAGGAAGCGCAGAAGAUGACCUCGAUUGUUGGAGAUCCACACAAGAGAAUCGUCUUAUGAUCUCUAACCGGCCUCUUGUGGUAGCUCUCGAGGUUGAGCGUUAA